AUAGUUCGUGCAUAGGAACUACGUGCCUUUAGCAGCUUGUUGCUGAGGGGAUCCUUUUACAGGAACACAAAACCGGACUAGAAUCUACUGCAGAUUACUUCAUGAUCUACCUAAAUUGUUUAUCCUGAUUAAAUAAACAGCAUUUAGGUUCUGCCAUGGCAGAUGGUGUGGACCUCAGCCGAAAGUUUGUGACAGAGUCUGAAUUAGACGAGAAAAGGAAAAAAAGGCAGGAAGAAUGGGAGAAGGUCCGCAAGCCAGAUGACCCGGAGGAGGCCCCCGAGGAGGAGUACGACUCCCGAUCUCUGUACGACAGGCUACAAGAGCAGAAAGACAAGAAACAGGGAGAAUAUGAGGAGCAGUUCAAAUUCAAGAACAUGGUUAAAGGCCUGGAUGAAGAUGAGACCAGCUUUCUUGACGAGGUCUCCCGGAAGCAGUCUCUAAUAGAGAAACACAGACGGGACGAGGAAGCUCAGGAGAUAAAGGAAUACAGGAGCGCUCUGCAGAAACUAGCAACCACUGAGAACCAGAAGAAGGAGGCAGAGAAAAAGGCAGGACCCAAACCCUCAGAGCACAGGACCAGUCACCUGUCUCAGGCCCACCUGCUGGCUGGGGCAGUCAAACGACGCAGCUCGUCUCAGUCCUCAGAGGGGAGUAAAAAGCAAAAAGCAGAGGAGUCUGUCGCCGGCAAUGGCAGUCAGACAGAUCAGGAGGCGGUGGAGCCCAAAUCCCCCGGUGCGGGCGUGACUCGCUCGGGCGUCCUCCACCUGCCCUCCGCCGCUGUAUGCGUGGGCAUCCUGCCAGGGCUCGGCGCUUACUCGGGCAGCAGCGACUCAGAAUCCAGCAGCGACAGCGAAGUUUAAACCCCUGGCAGCUUAACCUGGUGACGCACCUUCCCAUCUACCCACCCUUGCGGUUUCUGCAGAGCUCUAGUGGCCAAGGGGACACUGACUGACUGACUGACAGCUGUGGAUCAAGAAGACAUGAAACAUUUAGUCCAAAUCUCAGACACCAUCACAGGACAAAGCAGACAUUACGGGCUUGUUUCAAUAAGAUUAAAUGCCUUGAUUGAGUUUUUGUUUGUUUGACGUUUAUUUUUUAAGACAAAAUGCUGCAGUGCUGCUGAAUGCUGGAAUUUUCAUGAACUCUGUCCUAUAAGGAUAUGUGUGACUGUUCGCUGGAAAAUAACCAGUGAUGACAGAAUGGAAAAUAAAGGUGUUUCUCAUGAA